AUGGAGCCCAAAACGGGACUCCAUACAGUCACCGCCGAAUCUCAAACAGUAGAUCUAGAGCUUCAAAAGUUGUGGGAUGAGGCUCAGAGCGAAUUCCAUAAAAAUACAAACAGAAAACUAGCAUCAAUCCCUCCGAGAAAGAUCGAGGAUGUUUUGGCACAGCUUAAGGAAAAAUUCCAGCCCGAGGAUGGGGUACAACCCAGUACCAAGUAUAAGAUCAAAGAUGCUAUUGGGAAGAUUCUAGAAUGCAUCCAAUUCCUUGGCGGUCUAGCCGCAGAAGCCGCAUCCACUGUCUUUGCUCCUGCAAAGUUAUGCUUCAAUGCUAUUUCUUUCCUGAUUGAGAUUCCUCAGAAGGUCGCUGAGGUGUAUGAAGGCCUGGGAAACUUGUUCGAAGAGAUUACACACGCUAUGGCUCUUCUGAAUGUUUACAAGGACUAUAAGAAACUUGAUCGGGAACUCAAAAAUGGAAUUCACAAGCUCAUGGUUUCAAUAGUGAGAAUUUUCGGUCUAGCUAUAAACAUCAUCGAUGGUGGCAAACUUGUCAAAGUUGAGACUGUAUUAAAGGUCACUUUCUUGAAAGAUGACUCGGGUGUGAAGGAGGAACUGAGAAAUUUUAAAGAAUUGAUUGCGAAGCAAAAUGACCUCACAGGGGUGACUACUUUGAAAACAAUCCUCGAUAAUUCUGCAGGUAUUGCUAAAAUGCUUAAAAGACAGGAUUCAAUUUCAGAAAAGCAAAGUCGCAUUGCAGACGGAGUCACGUACGUGAAGGAUGACGUCAAGGCCCAAAGGAAUGAGAAGAUCAUAUCAGAUCCCAAUGAGGAACUCAAAGAAAUCAGAAAACAAUUUCCAGAAGACGGCUUCAAGUGGCUAUCUAGAGUGAAUGAAUACGAUGAAUGGCUCAGGCUAUCAUCAGACUCCGCUCCCAGGCCGCCUUUCCGGCUAUUGUUCGUGUCUGGGGCAAUCAAGACCGGAAAGUCCUGCCUCGUGGCAUCAAUCGAAGAGGACUUGAGAAACAGAAAAAUAGCAAACUUGGCCAUUGCAUACCACGCUUUCACAGGGGUGGAUAGUAAGAGCACCAAAACUGUAAGCAAAGAUGAUGUGGUCUAUGCUUUGAAAUCAAUGGCCCUGCAAUUGGCAACUCAGAGCAAGGCAUACGCAGCCGCACUGUCGCAACUUAAAGAAAAAGAUCUCCGGAUUUCAGAUACGCGAGAGUGCUCUGCAGUACAACAAUGGUGGGAUAAGUUGCGAUUCGCUAAAGAUCCUGAGAACCAAGAAUCUUUGAAUAUUUUUCUCCUGCUAGAUGGACUGGAUCAGCUGUCGGAGGAUAAUGCUGAUAAGUUUUUGGAGUUGUUGAGGAAAAGUAGUAGUUCGUUGGGAAAGGAAAGUCGACUUCAACUACGCGUAUUGGUUACUGGAAUGAUUGAUUACAAUCGUCUAAAUUUACACAUUCGCAUCACCGACCAUACUAUGGAUGAUAUCAAGUCAUUUAUCGAACAAGAGUUGAAUAGACUCAGUUCUCUUCAAGGUCAGGAUAUAGAGAUGAUGCGACUUCGUCAAUCUAUUCGUGAGAAACUCCCAAAAGUUGCUAAAGGAUCAUUCUCGGUUAUCAUCCAGAAAUUAACCAGAAUUACGGAAGCUAUUAAAUUUGAUGCGUAUUCAAAUGAUAUUGAAGCAAUUCUGGAUCAGGAUCCAUCCAAAGACCUGGAUAAAAUGGCACAAAAGAUCAUUACCGAUCUCAACACCUCCCUCAGUGCCCGCGAUAUUAGGCAGUUGAAUGAGAUUCUUGACUGGGCUAUUUUCGGCUACAAAUAUUUCAGCAUUGACCAAAUCAGGGCGGCACUUUGGCUAAGCUCGGGUAAAUUGCCCGUGCAACCUUUAGAGAGGAAGUUGAAGGAAAGAUUCGGUAGGGUUUUUCCUCACCUGAAAAGAGACACUGUGAGAGUGUGUGAUUCAAUUGAAUCUUUAUUUAAAGAAUCGGAUUCGAGCGUCGUGCCUAUGGGGAAAACUUCUGCGUACGACAUCGAAAAUGCCAAAAUAAGCAUGACAGUAUCUAUACAUCGAGCCGACCUGUAUUCGGUUCAGAGAUUCUUUUGGGAUCUCACAGAGAAAACUGUAACUGGGAAAUUUGAUUUCUCCCCCAGUAAUUCUGACAACGAAAACAAGAUCAAAAUCAACUCCACCCAGAUCCAAGCCCAUUGCCACAUAACCGAACAACUCCUAAAGCUCUUGAAUGAAAAGCCUAACGAUAAAACCGAACCUCUUGUUAAUUAUGCCCUUGAAUAUCUUCCUAGCCACAUUAGACAAAUAAAGAAAGCAUUAUUACUUGAUAAAGGGAAGAUAGAGGGGCACAUGAUUCAAGUUAUUGCGAAAAGACUCGUGGAUCUCCUUAGUGAUGUUGAGGCAAUCGAGAAAUACUGGAAUGCCACAGAAAAUAUGCACGAAUUCUGGUGGGAUCCUGAGAGCGCGUUGGGUAAAAGAGCAUACAAGAUCCGAAGAAAAAGCAGAUUUUUAUAG